AUGCGCAUAGUUUUUUUUCGUCUACCUUUGUUAGCUCAUUCAUGCGCCUUGUGCCACCAAAAUACGGAGCUGUUAAUAGUGGAUAAGGAUACGUAUGAGGACACGUACACAAAGCUGGUACAGUUGGUAGAUCGCGCAGAACAACUUGAGAAGGAGCAAAAAGAAUUUGCUAUGAUCAUCGACGGAAAAUCGCUUGUUCAUGCAUUGGUUGGGGACUGUCGAAAGCAUUUCGGCGAACUGGCACUCAGAUGUCAUGCGGUUGUGUGUUGUCGAAUGAGCCCCAUGCAGAAGGCUGAGGUUGUGGAGAUGGUACGCGGCCUUGGAAAUCAUGUUGUAAUGGCUGUUGGUGAUGGUGCCAACGACGUUGCAAUGAUUCAGGCUGCCAACGUUGGUAUUGGAAUAUCUGGAGAAGAGGGAUUGCAAGCCGCAUCAGCUUCUGAUUAUGCUAUUCCAAGGUUCCACUUCCUGAGGCGAUUACUCCUAGUCCAUGGCGCUUGGAAUCACGAUCGAUCCGUUAAAGUUAUACUCUACAGUUUUUACAAGAACAUUUGCCUCUACAUUAUUGAGCUGUGGUUCGCGAUUUUCUCUGCCUGGUCCGGUCAGACGAUAUUUGAGCGAUGGACGAUCGGACUGUUCAACGUUG